UGACCCACUUGACCUAAAUAGAGAGCGUCAAGUAGCACACAGACGUGUGCUGGUGCUGUGUUAGUGGAAGAUUUAACAGUGAACCUACAUUUGACAGAAAUUCAGGUUUAGUGUGGGAAUUGUUCUAGUUACACUUGCUGGCAGGCUAAACUCAAGUACUACUACACUUGAGACGAUGUCGGACUACCACAAGAAGAUGAUGAACUAUUUCGGCGCCGGUGGUGUCAUGUUAAGCUUGUCCCUGGCAAGGGAGUUGGGCGUGGUGAAGAUGUUGAUGGAAGCCAAAGUCCCUCUCACAUCACAGCAGGUGGCUGACAAGCUGAACCUCAGAGAAAGGUAUGUGCGUGAGAUACUUGGUUCACUCGCUGUCGGGGAGGUCAUCAGCGUGGACGACUCGUCCACCCAGUUCCAUGUUCCAGAUGACCGCAAGGCCACAUUCAAUGCAAUAUCCGUGUUUUCCAGAUUUUUGCCACAGUUUGGUUUGAGACAUGCCAGUAUCAAGGACUGUGCUCAACAACGGAACACUGGUGGAAUAGUCUACAGUCAAACCCCUGGGCUUUUUGAAACAUUGACAGACAUUUUGGUCGUAGUCAAGAAAGAUAUGAUUGAUACAGAUAUCCUGUCUGCCAUUCCUCUGUUGCUGCCAAAGUUAGAAUCCGGAAUCAAGGUUGCGGAAUUUGGUUGUGCAACUGGGAUAAUUUUAAACAAAUUAGCUUCGCGAUUCAAGAACAGCACCUUCCUUGGUUCUGAUGUAGCAAGCGUGCCAUUGGUUCAAGCCAGAGAGGAAGCAAGCAACCAGGGCCUUCAGAAUGUCACUUAUGACACAGACAAUAUUGAAACUAUAUCUGAAAGCUACAAGGAGAGUUUUGAUUGGAUACUUACCCGUCUAGUUAUUCAUGACUUAACAUAUCCACAGAAAGCCUUAAACGAGAUUUACCAGUGUCUGAAACCAGGGGGUAUUUUCAGCAUGAUUGAGGUUGGAAUAGAGGGAGGCAUAACUGGCAACAUUGCUAAUGCUUCAGCUAUGUUCUACUACUCGGCGAGCACAUUCUUGUGUAUUCCGGAAAGCUUGCGCAGGCCUGACUCUGCAGCACUUGGGGCUACAUGGGGUGCAUCUUUGGCAAGAGAGAUGGUUGCUAAAGCCGGUUUCACCAUCAUCAACGAGUCUGUGAGUCACACAGAUGAGCAUGAGAUACACUUUGUCUGUCAGAAGUAGAUUUCAGUUGUAUUGUACAGUGACAUAAAUCUUUAAAACUUUAAGCUAUUUAGAAGAGGUUCAAGGAAAGUUUUUUUCAGAUAGAUCAGUGCAGCAUUUAAUACUAGUAUAUCAGGAUAUCAUAAUUAUUUGAGAUUGUGUAAAAAGAUUAAGUAUUAAUAAUGCAUGUGAGGACCUGAUAGACAACGAGUUUGAAAUUCUUGUAACUCCGGGUAAUAAGCAUCUAAUAUCCUCGGGGGGCACGGGUGACCCAGUCGCCUGAGGCGCCGCGUUUCGCUGUGCAGAGUUGCGUCCCUUGGACACGUCAGAAACCUAUGAUUGUGGGUUCGAAUCCCGGUUCA